AUGGCAAAGGAAAGGCUGAGAGAGCUGCGCACAAAGCACACACCCACCCACGACCCACACAGCCCCGGGCCCCACCCACGAUGCACACACACACCCACGCCCAACCCACGCACACCCACACCCACGUUGGAUCCCAUCUCUCUCGUUUUCCUCGAUCCCCUUUCUCCACCCCACGCCGCCGCCAGAUUCCGGCGAUCCCCGUCGUUCCCCACCGCCCAGCUCUCCUCCCUGAGGUCACCUCUCCCCGCUCACCAUCUCCACCGACUGGUUUCUCUCCUCGCCCAGGAGAGCCACGCCCAGGCAUUGGUGGUGGUGCACUAUGAGGUGGCCCCAGCGGCGUCGAGCUGCUGUUGCGGCGGGCUGUUGCUUGUUGCUGCGGGCACAUCGACGUCGGCGAGGUCGGGAAGGUCGCAGCCCUUCAAGAUUCUCAAUGGCGGCGUCUCGGCGCUGAUGGCGGAGUCGACGGCGAGCAUCGGCGGGUACAUGGCGUCGGGGUACCGGAGGGUGGCCGGCGUGCAGCUCUCCAUCAACCACCUCAAGCCCGACCGCAUCGAGACCAAGGCGAACCCCAUCCAGGUCGGCCGCAACGUCCAGGUAAUGGUCGAGGGACGAGGUGUCUCCAAGCAGAGGCUGGUCUUCUGCAACCUGCAACUAUGA